UUGGCCUCUGUGUGGGCUGAUUGGGCCUCUUUGUACCUGAAAUGUCAGGGCCUAUUUUAAUUCUCAGUCCGGACCUGUGUUUGUGAGUCUGUAAUGCUUAAUACUGGUAAGAGCUCCAAAAUCUACUGCCCACGCCUGUAUUCUAUCUGCUAUUUUCUAUUUUGCAUGCCUUUCCUCUGAUUGGUUUAUUAACUUUACAGGAAGUAAGUGGCUCUUCCCCUUCAAAGAUUAGCAGCUGUGCUACAGAGUAGGACCAGGGUUGCCAUGUUGGGCUAUUUAUUUCAAGCUCAGGUGGGUUUCCAAAGUACAAAUUAGCCAAGGUACAAAAUUGGGCUAGUUUUGGAGCCUUGGCGGGUUUGUACUUUGAAAGCUAGCCAAAGCUUUUUACCCCCAGUGUGCCAUUGCAGUGCAUGUUGGGUAAUAUAGUUUUUAUUCAACAAAUGCUGACAGCCAAGGAAAAUGUGCGACUACAAUACCCAGAAUGUUAACAGAGUAGAAAGGUGUAGAAAGCAACUCCAUUUCUAUUUGCUGCAGUUUCAGCCCAUCAGUCCCAACCUGUCUGUACUACAGCCUGCAGCCCACUGCAUCUGGUAUGUGAUUAUUACAUGUGCCAUGCAAAUAGAAUGAUAAAUAUAGUUAGCUGCUUUUAUAAGCUGUUGUCAUAUUGAUUGUUCAGUGUUCAAAUUGGACUAUUUUUUGGGCUACUUAUUGGCUGGUUCGAAAUGUAAAUCUGGAAACCCUGAAUAGGACACUGCUGUUGCUAUGCUAUUGCUAACUCACUUCAGCUUUGUCAAGUAAAAGUUAACCUUCACAUUGAUAUUGCACAAUCUAUUUUUAUUUAACGACAGGAUUACCAUUGUAUAUUUGAGCUGCUACCUUUCCUUCAUGUGAUUGUAUAGUGAAGGGCCUAGGCUUGUAAAUGGCUGCAGGCCUGCAGCAGCUGCUGCUGUGAAAGAGGGAGGGGGGAGCAUACUCAAAGCACUUGUCACACUGAGUGACUUUCUUUCAUGCAAACUAUGGGCUACAAAUGCUGGGAGAGGGAGUGGGGCUUGCUAUGGAAAAAGCAGAGUCUUAUGCCGUGUUGGACUGGGAUGCCAGGGACCCACCAGAAUUCCUUAGACUAUGGGCCCACUUUUCAAACUAUUAUUCCUCCUCUCCUUACCCAACCUAGUUUUUUAUCUCUAUAAACUAUACUAUAUUCUUCCAUUAUUAAGCUCCAUAAAGAAAUAGGGAAUGCCAAUGAAAUAGGCCAAAUGGUUAGAAGCAAGAGACCCACUGACACAUGGGCCCACCAGAAGUUUUCCUAGUAUCCCAGUGGGCCAGUCCAACACUGGUCUAUCUUCCAAGUCGCCCAUACUGCUUACACAAUAAAAAUCUGUCCCCUUGGAAACUUUCUCCGGUGCCUCUUAAAGUAUUGCGGCUAUCACAAUAAGUUUUAAAUGGUGCAUCUGCCUUAAUCAAGAUAUAAUCGUCCCGAAACAUAGGUUAACAUGUUUAGGGGAACAUAAUCUAUUAUUUUUUUGGAUAGCAGUGAGAAAAGGUAAACAACCCCUUUAAGGCAGCAUGCUAGAACACUGGACUAACAGCUGACAGGGGGCCGGGCACCUCACACGUCAGUAGAGGAGGUUUACCAGCAACUACGUUCAAAGAAGAAACGGUGUGGUGCACAAAAAGGGGCGUGCUUGCUAUGAGUCGCUACUGCCAAUUGGAAAAUGCUAAACUGGAGAAGUAGUUUGGCAGCUGAGAGGACUGGAGUGGGGACAGGACCAAGACAUUACUUUUCAGGAUAUAGGAUUGAGGUGCAUGCUAGAAAUCUUGCACGGAAUAAGGAAGACUAUGCAAGUCCUGCUGUGCUAAUCCUAUUAAGAUUAACAAGAGGCGCUGUAUACUGCGUUCCACCGAGACUAUCACUAGCUGUACGUGCAUCAGCUGGACUCUAGCAAAGGAUUGAGCCAACCUAGCAGACUGUGUGUGACAUACAGAACUGAUGCUGUCAGUGUAUCACUGUGCUGAGCAGUGCCUACUGGAACCUUAUCAUUCUGAGCACUGGAAAGCUACAAGAGCGUGUUAAGUUUCCAAGAAAAAGAACCUGGUAGCUGUUCUAAAGAACAUAUUAAGGCUGUUUUACUGUUGCACAGCAUUAGAAAAGAACUAAGUUGCUCAUCCACCCUGCCCCUGGUACUCACAGUCCAACCCACGACCUAAAGCUACAUAUCAUUCAUGUUUGAAUUAACCCCAUCCUAACAUCACCAUGAGAGCACAGAUAGAAGUAAUCCCAUGUAAAAUAUGUGGAGACAAAUCAUCUGGAAUUCAUUAUGGUGUGAUUACCUGUGAAGGAUGUAAGGGUUUUUUCAGAAGAAGUCAGCAAAACAAUGCAAGUUACUCAUGUUCUCACCAUCGCAACUGUUUAAUUGACCGAACUAACCGCAAUCGUUGCCAACACUGCCGACUGCAGAAGUGCCUGGAACUAGGCAUGUCCAGAGAUGCUGUGAAAUUUGGUCGCAUGUCCAAAAAACAAAGAGAUAGUCUGUUUGCUGAGGUCCAGAAGCACCAGCAAAUCCAAGACCAAGUCCUUGCCAGGGACAGUAAAGAUACAGUCUCUCGGAGUUACUCCACCAGCACAAGCAGUGGCCUGUCGGACUUGGAGGAAUUAAGUGGCCUAUCAGAUGGUCUGCUCUUUGAUUUUCCCCUUACUCCUGAUGGAUGCAGCUCAUACUACAGCUUGGAGCUUCCACUUUCUACAGAACCUUCUCCUGACUCUAGCCAUGGGACCACACUGGAUGAGUUGCCUGUACACUAUUCUUUGGGACUGAUAGAAGACCAAAGGUUGCUGGACCUAAACAGUACAGAGAUAGAACACAUGUCUCAGAACAUCAUCCAGUCACAUUUAGGCACCUGCCAGUUUACCAGUGAUGAACUUAGCAAGAUGAUAUGGAACGCUCAUUCACAGGAGGAGGUACGCAGCCUGCAGAGCAAGUCAUGCAGGAUGAUGUGGCAACUCUGUGCAAUCCAUAUGUCAAAUGCAAUCCAUUAUGUAGUGGAGUUUGCAAAACGCUUAGAUGGUUUCAUGGAACUUUGUCAAAAUGAUCAGAUUGUUCUGCUUAAAGCAGGUUGUCUGGAAGUUCUGCUCAUUAGAAUGACUCAAGCAUUUAACCCUGCAAACAACACUGUGCUUUUUGAAGGAAAGUUUGGAGGAAUUCAAAUGUUUCGAUCUCUUGGAUGUGAUGAUCUCCUAUAUGCCAUCUUUGAUCUUGGUCGAGCCCUUUGCCAUCUUAGUUUGUCAGAUGAGGAGAUUGCUUUAUUUACAGCUGCGGUUCUGAUGUCACCAGAUCGUCCUUGGCUAACAGAAUCCAAGAAAGUUCAAAAGCUUCAGGACAGGAUAUUCGUGGCCUUGCAAAAGGAAAUACAAAAGAGGCAUUGCAGUGAAGAUCUUAUGACUAAGAUUAUUUCCAAACUCCCACUAAUGAAGACUAUCUGCAACCUGCAUGCAGACAAACUUGAAUUUUUUCGCAUUGUGCAUCCUGACAUUGCCCAGAUAUUCCCACCACUGUAUAAGGAGCCCAGCAUAUUUGUACAUAAGGGUGACAGGAAGUACUAAAAAAGGUUUCCAUUGACCAUGCCACUGGCUGAAUUCUUCUAUCAAUGACUUCAAAUUUUUGUUGACCAUAUCUGAAUGCAAGCAUUAGUCAUUAAUUACGUUAAAUGUGUUUUUGUAGACAUUUCUACAUAAUGGGAUUUUAAGGCUUCAUUAUGAGCAUAUCUCCAGUGUAGGAGGAAAGAGGAAUGACGUUUUUUGUCUGUACAAUGAUUCACUCCUAAUAAAUAGGAAUGAGAAAAAAAAACUUU